CGUCGCGCAGCGAGCAAGGCCCCCCUCGCCUCCCACACCUAUCCCCACACUCACCCCCAUCAUCACCCAUCGCCUCCCGCCUCCAACGCCUCCGCCCCGCACAAGCCACGCCCGCCUGCGAACGGCAGCGCCAGCCAGCCUCCGCCCAAAAAUAAUAAGAUCUGGAGCACCAGCACGACGGAGGAGCGUGAGCGCAUCAAGGAGUUCUGGCUCGGCCUCGGCGAGGAAGAGCGCCGCAACCUCGUCAAGAUCGAGAAGGAGGCCGUCCUCAAGAAGAUGAAGGAGCAGCAGAAGCAUUCCUGCAGCUGUGCCGUCUGCGGCAGGAAGCGGAAUGCGAUAGAGGAAGAGCUCGAGGUACUGUACGAUGCUUAUUACGAGGAGCUAGAACAGUACGCGAACUACCAGCAGCGCUACAUCUCCUCCGGCGGCACCCUCCCUCCCCCGCAGGGCCCUGGGCCCUUCCCCGGCUCCGUCGAGCUCGACAAGAACGGCGCCGUCAUCAACCCCCACGCACCCGCCCACCCGGCGCCUCGCAAGCACGCCCUGCCCAACGGCCGCAAGGCCAAACCGCCACCAGAGAGCGAGUUUGAGGACGACGGCGAGGACGACGAGUACGAGGAGGAGGAGGAGUACGAGGAGGAUGAAGAUGAGGACGAGGACGAGGACGAAGAGGAUGAGGCGCCAGAAGAUGAGGACGAAACGAAGCCGCCACCCGAGCGCCGCACGAGACGACCGCGCAAGGCAAAUGGACGCGACGGGCUGGCGAGCUUCGGGAAUAGCCUCACCGUCACAGCAGGCGCAGGUAAUAUCCUCACCGUCGCAGACGACCUGCUCAAGAACGACGGGCAGAAGUUCCUCGAGAUGAUGGAACAGCUCGCUGAGCGAAGGAUGCAGCGCGAAGACGAAGCUAUAGUGGACGUGGAAGAUGACAGCGAGGAUGAGGACGACGAGGAAGGGGAUGAGGAGGACGAGGAUGAGGAUGACGAAGACGAGGACGAGGAAGAUGAGGAGGUCAUGACUGAGGAGCAGAAGAUGGAGGAGGGCAAGCGGAUGUUCUCGAUCUUUGCCGCGCGAAUGUUUGAGCAACGCGUGCUGCAGGCAUACCGCGAGAAGGUGGCGCAGGAACGCCAACUGCAGCUCCUCCGCGAACUUGAGGACGAGGACAAAGUCAACAAGGAGAAGGAGGCGAAAAAGCAGACGCAGAACCAGAAAAAGAAGGAUAAGAAGCGGCUGCAGAAGUUGGCGAAGGACGAGGAACGCGCAGCACGGGCUGCAGAGAAGGCCGCAGAAGAGGCAGCGCUUAAGGCCAAGCAGGCCGUACAAGAGGAGGAAGCGCGCAAACGUCGGGAGGAAGAGCGCGCGAAGAGGGAGGCGCUCCGCCGAGCACAGGAGGAGGAAAAGGCGCGCAAGGAGGAGGAGCGACGGAAGCGGCUCGCGGAGGAGCGCGAGCGCGAGGCGGAGCGUGAGCGUAAACGAAGAGAGAAGGAAGAGCGUGCACGUAAGGAGAAGGAGGAGCGGGAGCGGAAGGCAAGGGAGGAGAGGGAAGAGAGGGAGAGAAAGGACCGUGCGGUGAAGAAGGAGAAGGAGGAGCGGGAACGGAAGGAAAGGGAGGAGAGGGAACGAAAAGAAAGGGAGGAGCGGGAACGGGCAGAAAAGGAAAGAGCUGAGAAGGAGAAGGAGAGGGCAGAGAGGGAAACGGAAGCGCGCGAGCGGGCAGCACAGCAGCAGCAGCAACAGCAGCAGCGUGCAUCCGCUGGUUCAAGGAAUGCUCAUACGCGCACUCCCACCUCGCCACGCAACGCGGCGGGGCCGUCACAGCGUUCGCCGCCUGCAAAGAAGAUCCUCAACAAGGCUCCGAGUGUCCUGACUAUCGCUCCCACACCCAUUCAGCCGCCCCUCAGCCGCGCGCCACCGCCGCGCGUGUCGGUGAUCACAAACUCGCCACAGCAGCCUGCGAUGCCGCAGAUGGCCCACCCCAUGCCCGUGGCGAGCACAAGUUCAAACCAUCUCCCGCAGCAGCAGCCACCCCCGACGCCGCUCUUCUCCCCACCAAUGAACGUCAUGUCACCCCCGACGCUCUCGCCGCGUGGGCCGUUUCCGCCUGGUCAUCACCUUCCGUUCGUGGGGAUGGUCGGCCCUCCCCCGCUGGGACCGUCUGCAGUCCCGCGGACGUUCGGCAACGGCGUGCCCUAUGAAUCUGCUUCGAAUUUUGUACGUCCUAUUGCGCCUCCUCCUGCAGGUGCUAUCGGUCCUCCAAUACCCAUUGGCCCUCCCGCGCCGAUCGCCCCGCCAUCCAAGGCCGUGCAGAACGCAAAUCCGCUCGCGUCUCCGACGCAACUGAUGACGCCCAGCACGAGCAUGUCAAUGCCGGGUCCGAUCACGCGGCCCAUCGCACCUAUCGCGCGUCCAUCGACGUCGGGAGAGGCGUCAGGCUCAGGGUCCACCUCACCCACGCGCCGGUCGCCGAGCCCGAAGGUCCCAUUGGGCUCGUCUGCACUGGCGGCUGACGAUGACGAGGUUGUCACGCCUGCGGGUGGUCGUCGUGCGGCACCAGGUGCGCCUGCGUGGGCAAGCCCGCGGACCUCUCUACCCGACGUCAGGGCACCAUGGGGCGCGCCUGCACCACCAGGCUUUGCGCCGCCGAGGCCACCAGCGCCAAUCGGACCGCCGCUGUGGGCAGCGACGUCGCCACCGACGGGCGCAGACUGGCAUCCCAACUCACACCCGUCGCCAAAUAACUUCUUUGGCAACCCCUUCACGGCGGCACACAACCCGUCACCUUCGCCUCAUAGCAGCAGUUAGGGAGCGCUGACGUGGUAGCUAGUAGCCCAUCUUGACGCUUUCGCUUAUAGUCACUUCCUUCUUUGUAGCGCAUACGCAUACCUGCAAUUCUCUGAUUUCUGACUGACAUUGCAUCGUCAUUGCCGACACUGAUCCAGAAGCAAUCAUGUAAAUGCAUUUGACAAAACAGAAAGGUCCAACAUGAAGUGCAGGAACGCGAAUGCAUGAACAGCAUAAGUUACAGUAAUUUGCUGGAGGCGGCGGGUGCGACCCGACGGUAUAUAAGUUUUAUAACAUACGGUGGGAAUGCACUGAUCGCGACAAUCACCGCCACCUUCCAAGCGAACCUCACCGAAAGCACAAAG